UGCUUCAAAAAGUCUUGGGUACCAGCGGAGGAAUCAGUCCAUCACCCCCACGUCACCAUGAAGGAGCUGCUGUGGCUGCUGUGUCUCUGCCUGCUCCGUCCAGAGCAGUGUUGGAGCAGCAGGGUGAAGGAGCAGGACUUCAUGCUUCUGGCCGGUCCUCUGAUGGAGCAGCACAGCUCGGGUGAAGGAGCCGAUCUCGUCUUCGACUGCAGCCGCCCCAGGCCUGCGGCCUCCAGGCUCUACUUUGAAUACCUCCAGAGUCGAGGGGUGACCCAUUUCAAAGUGCCACUGUCCUGGGCUCACCUCCUCCCCACCGGCCUCCCUGAGGAGGCGCAGCAGACGGUGGUCUCCUGUUACCACGGUCUGCUGAGAGACCUGGUGGAGGCCGGUCUUCGGCCCCUGGUCGUUCUUCAUUCGGACCCGGCCGUUCCCCAGGCUCUGAGGCUGAGGUACGGAGGCUGGGAGAACCCGCAGCUGAUGAACGUGUUCCGACUGUACGCAGAGUUUGCGUUCCGGGAGUUCGGAGCAUUUGCAGAGACGUGGUUGACCCUGAGUGACCUGUGUGGCGUUUUCCACGACUGCCGAUCGACUGAUGGCUCCAAACCACUGCAGCAGUUCAUCCAGCUGAACGGAGAAAUCCACCGGAGUUUUCAUCAUCAGUUUCCAGGCAGAGGGAGACGUCUGUCGGUCGGUCUGAAAGCCGAGGACGCAGCCGUUGUUUCACAGAAAAAAGAUUUAACGUCACAGAUGGAUUUCUUAUCACUCCACGUUGAAUACCGGUGUGACUACGAGCAGGACUUCCAUAAAUGGUUAAAGCAACUUCAGAUGUCCAGUGGGAACGUUCCUGUUCUGAUAUACGACUUGACUGCCACCAACUGUCCUUUGAAUGAGUUGGAAGUUCUUGGCAACUUGCUUCAAGUCCUGAACAGCAAUGAUGUGAAUAUUUUGGGAUGUGACAUGAUGAACGUGCUGGACAACUUGGACCUGCACGAUGCUGGAAUCAGCAUUCCAGAGAACGUCAGGGACAGUUAUCAGAGUGUAUGGAACAAAUUCCGGUCCCAGACUCCAACACAGCGAGAUGCUUUUCUCAAUGAGUCCUUCCCUGCUGACUUCCAUUGGUCCACCUCCACUGAGUCCUUCAAGGUUGAGGGUGGCUGGUCAGAAGGUGGCAAAGGGGAAACUAUUUGGGAUCGAUUUGGUCACCAAGGCAUGGUCUUUGACAAUCAGACAGCUGAUGUAGCCUGUGAAAGUUUCCACAAGGUGGAUUAUGACGUCUACCUCCUCCGAGGUCUUGGCGUCAACACCUACCAGUUCUCCAUCUCCUGGGCCCGUAUCUUCCCUUCAGGCUACCGAAGCAGCCAAUCAGAAAAAGGGGCUGCCUAUUACGACAAGCUGAUCAAUGCCCUGCUCGAAUCUGGAGUGCAACCUGUGGUCACCCUGUUUCACUGGGAUCUGCCUCAGGCCCUCCAGGACCACGGCGGUUGGACCAACUUGUCCAUUGUUGAGGCUUUUAAGGACUAUGCCGACUUCUGUUUCUCCAGGUUUGGAGACAGGGUCAAGACCUGGAACACAUUCAGUAGCCCCUGGGUGGUGAGUCACGCUGGGUAUGGCACUGGUCAACAUCCCCCGGGGUUAAAGGACUAUGUGGUUGCAUCCUAUCAGGCCACUCACAACAUACUCAAAUCCCACGCUGAGAGCUGGCAUGUGUACAACGACAAGUACCGGAUGAAACAAGGUGGAAAAGUGGGUAUAGCUUUAAAUUCCGACUGGGUGGAGCCUCUUGACCCUACAAGUCCUGAUGACGUUGCAGCUGCGAAUCGAUACCUGCAGUUCAUGUUGGGCUGGUUUGCACACCCCAUAUUUGUGGAUGGAGAUUAUUCUUCAGCACUAAAGACACAAAUUGAGGAGAAAAAAAAAGAGUGUCCUCUUUUUGAACCUGCCAGGCUUCCAGUUUUUACUGCUGAAGAGAAAAAGAGAAUAAAAGGAACAUCUGACUUUUUUGGUUUGAACCACUACACCUCCCGGUUGGUCAACAAUAGUAAUGGUGGCUGCAACCCAGGUCCUGAAGGAGUUGGUGACUUUGAGGCACACGUGGACCCAUCCUGGGCCACCACAGGUUCCGAAUGGAUCGUUUCAGUACCAUGGGGUCUUCGACGGCUUCUCAACUAUGUUUCCAGUGAAUAUCUGAAUGUUAGCAAAGUACCCAUCCAUAUAACAGGAAAUGGCAUGCCAACUGAGUACAGCGGGGACACUCUCAAUGACACCGACCGGAUAGAGUACAUGAGGAGUUACAUCAAUGAGGUCCUGAAAGCAAUAAAAUUGGAUGAAGUAGAUGUGCGCCACUUCACCGUCCAGUCUCUAAUGGACGGUUUUGAAGGUCCACAAGGCUACAGUCAACGGUUUGGACUUCACCAUGUUAACUUUGAUGUUCCUGACAGACCCAGGACUCCGAAACAAUCUGCAUACUUUUACGCUGAACUCAUAAAAAACAACGGUUUUGCUCCCAGAAGUCAUUUCCCUACUGGUCAUAGAAUUAAACAUAUGACGCCAUCUAAAGUUACCCCGGUGCCACCUUCCACAGUGCCGUCACACGCCAUAAAUGUCUGGAAGAAAUUCUCAAAUCAAAGCAAAUUUGAAAGAAAGCUCUAUCAUUACGGUACUUUCCCUCAUGGCUUCAGUUGGGGAGUAUCAUCAUCAGCGUACCAGAUAGAGGGAGGCUGGGAUGCAGACGGGAAAGGACCCAGUAUUUGGGAUGUCUUUAAUACAUCUGGCAUUAUUCCAAAUAACGCUACUGGUAAAGUAGCCUGUGAUAGCUACAACCGAAUCAAUGAAGACCUUUACAUGCUGCUAGCUCUGAGAGUGACAUCGUACCGAUUCUCCAUAUCCUGGUCCAGGAUCUUCCCUAAUGGUCGACGUACAUCCUUGAAUCAGAAAGGUGUUGACUACUACAACGGACUCAUUAAUGGUCUCUUAGCGUACAACAUUACCCCCAUGGUGACUCUCUAUCACUGGGACCUCCCCCAAGCUUUACAGGACAUGGAUGGGUGGGAAAAUGUAGACAUGAUCAACAUAUUUAAUGACUUUUGUGAUUUCUGCUUUGACACGUUUGGGGACAGAGUGAAAUUCUGGAUGACCUUUAACCAGCCUUACACAAUUGCAUGGUCAGGAUAUGGACUUGGACAGAUCCCAGCGAGAGUUAAAGAUCCAGCAGUUACACCAUACACUGUUGCACACAACCUCCUCAAAGCUCAUGCCAAGGCCUACCACACUUACGAUGACAAGUAUCGGAAGGCCCAAGGUGGUCUUGUCACCAUUGCCCUGAAUGCUGAUUGGUUUGAACCUAAAGAUGUCAACGUACCCAGGGAGGUUGUAGCAGCCGACCGCGCCAUGCAAUUCCAACUUGGAUGGUUUGCACACCCGAUUUUUAAGAACGGUGACUAUCCAGAUGCAAUGAAGUGGCAGGUUGGAAACAAGAGUGAACUCCAAGGUCCUCCAGAGUCAAGACUUCCCACAUUUACUGAAGAAGAAAAGAGUUACAUCAGAGGAACAGCCGACGUGUUCUGUGUUAAUCACUACACAACUAAGAUUGUAGGCCAUGCUACACUAAGGCUAUCGCCUAAGUCUUAUGAAUAUGACAGGGAUUUGUCAGAGGAAGAGGAAACAGAUUCGCCCACCACAGCCAUCAAGAACCAGAGAGCUGUUGCGUGGGGCUUGAGAAGACUCCUGAACUGGAUUAAAGAGGAGUACGGAGACCCCGAGAUCUAUAUCACUGAGAAUGGAGUAGCCACAGAUUCCAAAACUACAUGGGAUGAUUCUGCUAGGGUGUUUUAUUACAAGACCUACAUCAACGAAGCUCUCAAAGCCCGUGAUCUUGAUGCUGUGAAUGUGAAAGGAUAUAUAGCAACAUCUCUCAUGGAUUCCUUUGAAUGGCUUAAUGGGUACGAAGUUGGUUUCGGGUUACACCAUGUCGACUUUACCAACCCAAACCGACCAAGGACACCCAAGUACUCAGCUCAUUUUUACCAUCAAGUCAUAAGAGACAACGGCUUUCCUACACCAGACGACGAGAAAAUGCUUUAUGGACAUUUUCGUAAGGAUUUCCUGUGGAGUACCGCAACUGCAUCGUACCAGAUUGAAGGUGGAUGGAGAGCAGAUGGAAAAGGUCUCAGCAUCUGGGACAAGUUUGCUCACACUCCUCUCAGAGUGUUUAAUGAUGACGACGGGGAUGUAGCAUGUGACAGUUAUAAUAAAGUAGACGAGGACGUAGCUAUGCUAAAGCAACUUAGAGUCAACCAUUAUCGAUUCUCCAUAUCCUGGCCAAGAGUGCUUCCUGACGGGACCACCAAGCACAUCAAUGAAGCUGGACUCAACUACUACCACAGACUGGUGGACGCCCUGCUUGCUGCAAACAUCCAACCACAUAUCACUCUUUACCACUGGGACCUUCCACAAGCUUUGCAGGACAUGGGGGGUUGGGAGAACAAUUCAAUCAUUUCCAAAUUCAGAGACUAUGCAGACCUUAUCUUUAGCCGUCUGGGUCACAAAGUUAAAAUGUGGAUCACCAUUAAUGAGCCAUACAAUAUUGCCAAUGUUGGCCACGGAUACGGAGCAGCUGCCCCAGGGAUCAGUUUAAGACCUGGCACCCUGCCCUACAUCGUGGGCCACAACCUGAUCAAAGCUCAUGCUGAAACCUGGCACCUCUACAAUGAGAAGUACCGACCCACGCAGAAGGGACUGAUCUCCAUCACAAUCAACUCUGACUGGUCGGAGCCCAGAAAUCCCUACAAGCAGGAGGACAUAGACGCCGCAAGACGGGUGGUCCAGUUCUAUAUCGGCUGGUUUGCCCAUCCGAUAUUUAAUGGCGACUACAGUGACACAAUGAAGACAAUCAUUCGGGAACGAAGCCUGGCUGCUGGUCUGCCAAAAUCUCGGUUGCCGGAGUUUAGUGCGGAAGAGAUUAAGAGAAUCAAGGGCACCUACGACUACUUUGGGUUCAACCAUUACACUACCGUGCUGGCAUUCCCUGUGAAUUAUGGGAGUCUUCAGCACUAUGAUGCAGAUCGGGGUGCGGGAACCAUCGCUGACCGAACCUGGUUGGACUCCGGCUCAUCGUGGCUGAAAGUCUCCCCGUUUGGUUUCCGAAGGAUUUUAAACUUCAUUAAAGAGGAGUACGGAAAUCCACCAAUCAUCAUCACUGAAAACGGUAUUUCAGAGAGGGGGCCUGUGGAUCUAAAUGAUAUUCACAGGAGCCACUACUACGAAAAAUACCUCAACCAGGUGCUGAAAGCCUACUUGCUGGAUGAUGUGGACAUCCGUGGAUACACAGCGUGGUCACUGAUGGACAACCUGGAAUGGGCAACUGGCUUUUCAGAGAGAUUCGGUCUUUUCUACGUCAACAGAUCAGACCCAAAUCUUCCCAGAGUGGCCAAGUCGUCUGUUGACCUUUACUCCAGCAUCAUUAGUUGCAACGGGUUUCCUGACCCAAACUCUGGGCCACAUGAGUGUUUGAACCCUGGGCCAGAAGGUACGACUGCACCAGACACCGAUGACAAGGUGAAGUUCCUGGGUAUGAACCUUUCUACUGAAGACGCUGCGGUUGGACUCAACACGACCUUCGCUCUGCUGGUUGUUGCAGUUUCUGCAGCUGUUUUAUCGUCUGUUUGUUUCUUCAUGAAAAAAAGGAACACGAGUAUAAUGGUGUAAAUGUUGGUCAACAAAGUUUGCAGCUCCUUCCCAGCCUCAACAGUAGAAUUAACAAAUGUUUGUCCAGCAGAGGUGCUAAAAACACACUUCACUUUCAUUCACUUUGCUUUUAACUGAAAAUACUGGAACUCAAGUUUCAAGGCUUUUCUACGACUGAUUCUGCUCCUCCCCUGCAACUUUCUCACUUCUUCUGAUUGGGUGGUAGAGACGCCUCCAGACCUUUUCAACCGAUUUACAACUUCAUAAUAAAAAGCAGACAAGACGACAGAAUUUAAAUACAGAAAAGAUCCUUUAAAUGUGGCUGACAGAAUACACUUGAUUCUAGGGAGUAUAAGAAAAUAUUGAUACACUGAAAUAUUGCAAUAUUUCUGAUCAGUUUUUUCACACAAUUAAAUAUAUCAAUAUACUUUCAUGUCAAUGUUAGACUUUCACAGAACCUUCUUCCUAUAUAUAAAUACAUGAACGUUACUGCUGCUGCUCCUAGAUAUAGAUGUACAAUCUUCAGGCUUAACAAUACUUUGGAAUCACAACAUAAAUCACACGUUUGUAAAUAAGUUGUAAUAAAGAUUUGCAUGUUUUCAUUUUUUUUUUUUGAGUUUCUGGAACUGUUUUGUUUUAUGUUUUCAAUCUGCAGUCACUGAAAGCAGACGUUCAUCUCCUUUCAGUGAAAACCUGUUACCGUGGUAACAACCAAACACAGUGGCAUCAUCUUUCAUUCUGCUGUAGCUUUGACCUGGAGCAGUGUAGAAAAACACGGGGAGUCGCGGAUAUACAAACUUGUUGAAAAACUUUAUUUAAAAAAACUACCACAAAGUACUAUGGAUACAAAAAGUAUAAAAAAGUACAAAAGCAUUGCUGAAAAAUAACUAGCGAUGACAGUUUCUGAGUUGGCACUGUGGCUGUGAUUGAGAUACAAACUCAUGACGUGAUGUCACGCCUCGGAGAACGCUCCACAGCAGCUUCACAUUGAAAUGAUUACAUCAUUAACAGACCUUUCAGAAAAAGAAAAAAAAAAA